ACAGAUUACGUUUCUACCCGAGCACAUUCAGGAGCAACACGGAGGAAACAUGGCGAACCACCUUCGUUUCGUCGCUCGGACUGUCAUGGUUCAGAACGGCAAUGUUGAAGCCGCAUACGGCGCUCUCAGCAGAAUGCUGUCUUCAGACGGUGUAAUUGAAUCUGUGAAACGUAAAAGAUACUACGAGAAGCCCUGUCGUAAGCGGGAGAGAGAAAACUUUGAGAACUGUAAGAGAAUCUACCACGCUGAGAUGGCCCGGAAGAUAUCAUUCGUAUCAAGGGCUCAAAGGCAAGAUCCAUGGCUUGGAUGUUAAGAAAACCAUACAUGACUUGAACCGACUGUUUAUGUAGACCCUCAGAUGUGACUUGGAAUCAUACUCCAUUAUCAGCUUCAGAAACACCUUCGGGUCAGAAGUGUUUAUUUAUUUGCAAAGGUGAAGAUUCACAAACCUGGGAACAUUCUGCAAAUGCAUUUACGCAUUCACCAUCAGAAGGUCUUUCCUGUGCUAUGUUGUGAUAUUGUUGACUUAACAUUUUGGCUAUGAACCUGUAUGAUCUUGAUAAUAAAAAGCUUUCAAAUCAUAA